UCCACCCUCUUCUUUCAACACUCACGACCUUUAUCCUUCAUCUCACCGCCACUCUCCCACUAUACCAUCCCCUCCCCUUCUCUCAUUCUCAACAAUUCUUCAUAGCAGAUCGAUCACCAAAUCUUUGCAAACAAAACCAAGUAAAACCCUACUAGCAAUGGCGGAUCAGAGAAAGCAACAUCAGCAGCAACAAUACCGCGGUGUUGGCGAUGAUCAGCAGAGCCAGCAGUACUACGGCGGUGGCGGUGAUCAGCAGAAUCAGCAGUACCAGUACUCCUCGGACGCUAAGAGCCUCCUUCCCCAACAUGGACCCUCCGCCUCACAAGUCAUUGCAGUCAUAACUCUUGUUCCUCUCGGUGGGACCCUCCUACUGCUCGCCGGCCUCACACUGGCCGGAACUUUCAUUGGGAUGGCCCUCUCGACGCCGCUGUUUGUGAUUUUCAGCCCUAUUUUGGUGCCGGCUAUUGCCACCAUCGGCUUGGCUGUGGCCGGCAUUUUGACCUCGGGGGCUUUCGGGAUCACGGGGCUCUCGUCUUUCUCGUGGUUGGCCAACUAUCUGAGACGCACGCAUCUGCCGCAGCAGGCAAUCCGGGGCGUGCAGGAGACUUCGGGCCAGUUGACGCAUAAGGCUAGGGAUCUGGGCCGCACUGUCUCCGAAAAGACCCAGGAAGCUGGCCAAGCUGUCCAGGGGAAGGCCCAAGAAGUGGACCAGGCUGUGCAGAGCAAGGCCAAUGUCCAAAGCAAGGCCCAAGAAGUAGGACAGAAGGCCCAGGAUACUGGAAGGAGUCACGAAGGCGGUAGAGCUCGGGAUGUGAAGGUGACAUAGAUUAUGGGCAGACCUCGAUGAGUCUCUCUCUCCCUUUCUAGUUUUUGGUUUAGCUAUUUUGUGUUGCGUUGAUGGUAGUUGUAUGUUUGUUUUUAUCAUUUUGUGUGUGUUAAAUGUUGUAAGUGUUAAUAAAGGAGUGUCCUAUAGGUAGUAAUCCGAGCCUCAUAGGUUUAUUCUGUAUGUCCUUGUCUUUCUAUUUUCAAUUUACUAUUGUCGUUUGGAACGAAGUGUUUGGAUUUACUA